CGAUCUUUUUUGCAGUACACUUUUGAGGCUUUAUUCCGCUCUGAACAGUAUGCUUUAGUGGACAAUGCCUGCCGUGAGUAUUUAUUUGUCACCGAAUUCUUUAUGGUGCGGGGAGCCCAGGCCCAGGAUCUGUUUAAUCAAAUAUUGGGCAAAACCUUAACUCUAAUGAUAAAAAAUCUGGAAACCAGUAUCCAGGAUUGCUAUGAUACCAUAGCCAUGUUUUUAUGCAUUCAAUUAAUAUUUCGCUAUCAGUUAAUGUGUCAUAAAAGAUGUGUGCCAGCAUUGGAUAAAUAUUGGGAUUCCUUACAGUCGGUAUUUUGGCCACGUUUCGAACAUGUAUUUCGCUUAAAUAUACAGAGUAUUAGAGAUUGUGAUCCUACGAAAUUUAAUAAAGAAUUGGGACCUCAUUAUAUAACACGCCGCUAUGCUGAAUUCUCCGCUGCGAUUGUGGGCAUCUCUGAACAUUUCCCCAAUGAAUUAGUAAGUCGUUUACUUUUGGAACUACAGAAUGAGGUAGAAUGUUUCAUAUUACGCAUGGCCGCCAUAUUUCCAACACGCAAGGAACAACUUAUUUAUUUAAUUAAUAACUACGAUUUAGUUUUGGGUGUGUUAAUGGAACAUACCCGUGAUAAUUCAAAAGAAGCUGAAGCUUUUCGUGAACAGUUAAAUGCACGCAGUGCUGAGUAUGUCGAAGAAAUCUUGGCUCCACACUUUGGUGGUAUUAUACAAUUUGUCAAAGAAUGUGAACCUUACUAUGAAAAGGAACAGUUGGAAGAGUUACGCAAACAGGAACGUAGAAGUCUAGCUUUGGUGGCCAGUUUUUCGGCUAAUUGGAAAAAGUCUUUAGAGGAAUUAAAUCGUGAGGUUUUAUUAUCAUUUCCCUCACUUUUGACCGGCUCUCAAUUGUUGCAAUUGGCUUUAGCUAGUUUAGUACAAUACUAUCACAGAUUCCAUAAGCUCUUGACACCCAAUGCUCGGUCUCAGUUGACCAAUAUACAUGUGGUUAUGGUAGAAAUGAAAAAAUAUAAAUGUAAUUAUUGAGAACAGCAAAUAAUUGCCUGUUAUUAGAGAACUAUUUAUAAUAAUUCCAUUAGUUGCUAGAAAGAGAGAGAUAUAAAAUAAGUAAAUAUAAUUUAAGUAUUAACACAAAUUAAAAGUUUAAUUAGCGGUUUGUUUGUUU